GUUUAAGUCAUAUAUAAGUACAUGUUCAUGGGCAUCUGCUUGUAUUGUUUAAAUGAAAGCAGUUUUAACGUCCAAAAUGAGUGAAAUUUGCACAAAAUUCAAGCUUCCUGCCCGAUUUGGAAUUCCAGGCCCAAAUAUUUGGUUAGAAAUGGAUGAAUAUACGAAAUAUAAUCCAAUUAACUUAGGAGUUGGAUUUGCGGAUUUUGCACCACCGAAACAUGUAACUGAAGGAUUAGCAGGUGUAGCUCGAAGCGAUAAUUUAUUGCUUCAUCAAUACACCAAAGGAUUUGGUCAUCCCAGAUUGGUUAAUAUCCUCUCAAAACUUUACUCAAAACUGAUAAACAGAGAAAUCAAUCCUGACACUGAAAUGCUUAUAUCACAAGGUGCUCAGCAGGCUCUGUACAAUAUUUUUAAUGGAAUGCUUGAUGAUGAUGAUGAAGUGAUUGUUAUUGAGCCAUUCUUUGAGCCUUAUGAGCCUAUGAUCAGAGAAACUGGGGCCAAACCUAUUUUUAUUCCACUGAGACAUAAUGGUAGUAAUACUGGUGGUGCAUUGACUACUAAUGAUUUUCUCUUAGACAAAAAGGAAUUGGAAAGUAAGUUCAACUCAAAAACUAAAGCAAUCCUUCUAAAUACACCUAAUAAUCCACUUGGGAAAGUUUUCAACAUGGAGGAAAUGCAAAUGAUUGCGGAUUUAUGCAAAAAUGGACCUACGCUCCCUAUCGCUGAUGAAGUGUAUGAAUGGUUGGUUUAUAAACCAUAUCAACACAUAAGGAUGGCUACUCUGCCAGGUAUGUGGGAGAGAACAAUUACCGUUGGUUCAGCAGGCAAAACGUUCAACAUUACCGGUUGGCGAACUGGAUGGGCUUAUGGACCGGCGGGCUUGAUGAAUAAUCUUAAAGUAGUGCACCAAAAUUGUAUUUACACACAUUUGACACCCAUACAAGAGGCUAUCGCUAUGGCAUUUGAGAAAGAAUUUGAUUUGAUGAUAAAUAACCCAAAGCAGUGCUUCUUUUACACUUUAUCCGAAGAGUUAUUCACGAAACGAGAGUUUUUAAUGAAAGCGUUUGCUGAUGCUGGUGUAAAUCCGAUUCAACCACAGGGUGGAUAUAUGAUAAUUGCCGAUUUUCGAAACCAAAGUACAAACAUUGAUUUAUCAAAGGAGACAGGAAAUUACAAAGAUAUACGAUUGACGAAGUGGCUGGCUAGGAAUGGUUUGAUGGGUUUUCCUGCUUCUGCAUUUUAUAGCACCGAGAACAAGCUAGUGGCAGAGAAUUUAAUUCGUUUUUGUUUUAUCAAGCGAGAUGAAAAACUGUGCGCUGCAGCUCGAGUCCUCCAUGAUCUGUUUUCUAAGAUACAAUAAACAGUAUGAACUUGUUAUACAAUAUAAUUUUAAAUUUAAAUAAACUCCAAAUAUUGUAUGUA